AUGACUCUCCAUCUCUCCUUCGUUGGCUGCUUGCUCUUCGCGGUCCCCGGCGCGGCUAAACUAAGACGCCUUCAAGUCUCUACCACUGACGCUCCCACCUACAGUCCUGAAGCUCGACAGCGUUGUGAUCUUUACUGUCAAAUUCAGAACGGGUCGCCGAGCUAUUGCAAGUAUUGGUUAUCUCCUCCAGUCUGCCAGGCGGGGGAUCAGCCUUGCUCGCCUGACCACUCCGAUCGUUCCUACUACAACGCCUGUGGCUCCUACCACAACGCCUGUGGCUCCUACUACAACAUCGAUCGUUCCUACUACAACGCCUGUGGCUCCUACUACAACGCCUGUGGCUCCUAUUACUACACCGAUCGUUCCUACUACAACGCCUGUGGCUCCUACUACUACACCGAUUGUUCCUACUACAACGCCUGUGGCUCCUACUACCACGCCUGUGGCUCCUACUACCACGCCUUUGGCUCCUACUACCACGCCUUUGGCUCCUACUACAACACCGAUCGUUCCUACUACAACGCCUGUGGCUCCUACUACAACACCGAUCGUUCCUACUACCACGCCUGUGGCUUCUACUACCACGCCUGUGGCUCCUACUACAACACCGAUCGUUCCUACUACAACGCCUGUGGCUCCUACUACAACACCGAUCGUUCCUACUACAACGCCUGUGGCUCCUACUACAACACCGAUCGUUCCUACUACAACGCCUGUGGCUCCUACUACAACACCGAUCGUUCCUACUACAACGCCUGUGGCUCCUACUACAACACCGAUCGUUCCUACUACAACGCCUGUGGCUCCUGCUACCACGCCCGUGGCUCCUACUACAACACCGAUCGUUCCUACUACCACGCCCGUGGCUCCUACUACAACACCGAUCGUUCCUACUACAACGCCUGUGGCUCCUACUACAACACCGAUCGUUCCUACUACAACGCCUGUGGCUCCUACUACCACGCCUGUGGCUCCUACUACACCGAUUGUUCCUACUACAACGCCUGUGGCUCCUACUACUACACCGAUUGUUCCUACUACAACGCCUGUGGCUCCUACUACAACACCGAUCGUUCCUACUACAACGCCUGUGGCUCCUACUACCACGCCUGUGGCUCCUUCUACAACACCGAUCGUUCCUACUACAACGCCUGUGGCUCCUGCUACCACGCCCGUGGCUCCUACUACAACACCGAUCGUUCCUACUACCACGCCUGUGGCUCCUACUACAACACCGAUCGUUCCUACUACCACGCCUGUGGCUCCUACUACAAUACCGAUCGUUCCUACUACCACGCCUGUGGCUCCUACUACAACAUCGAUCGUUCCUACUACAACGCCUGUGGCUCCUACUACCACGCCUGUGGCUCCUACUACCACGCCUGUGGCUCCUACUACUACACCGAUUGUUCCUAA